CUUUUUCUCCGCGCGGGCCAAACUCUGCGGUUUGGAGCAGAGCAGCUCUCGACCCAAAGGACUGCACCUCUAAUCACGCGCGUCCAUCCUUGCCAGCGCGCAGCGCAGCGCGCAUCGCAUUUGUGGUGCUCCCAGCACAGCUCUCUCAGUCCGGUCACUCCAGUGAUCGCGCAGCGGAGCAGCCAUGGCAAAAGACUUCGGCGAGCUCGCCCUCGUUUUAGGAGAUGCGCACGUGCCCGGCCGCGCGCCGAAAAUUCCCGCGAAACUGAAACGCAUGCUCGUGCCGAACAAGAUGCAGCACGUUUUGUGUACGGGCAACAUGGGGUCGCGCGAGCUCUAUGAUGAGUUAAGGGCGCUGGCGCCGACGCAACAUUUUGUGUGUGGAGAUGACGACGAUGAUGCGGACUUCCCGGAGGAGACGAUUACACAGAUAGGUGAUGUGAAAGUAGGCGUCGUCCACGGCCACGACGUCCAGCCCUGGGGCGACGCGAAGGCGCUGGAAGCGCGGAGGAGGCGGUUGGACGUCGACGUAUUGAUCUCGGGCCACACGCAUCGAGCCGAAGUGCGGGAGGAGGGCGAUUACUUAUACCUCAACCCCGGGACGAUCACGGGCGCUUAUGCACCUGCUUCUCCAGACAUCGUGCCGUCCUUCAUCCUGCUGGCGGUCCAGGGGCCGAAGGUCGUCGUCUACCUCUACGAGCUGCAUGGCGACUCGGUCGAUGUCUCAAAGUCCGAGUUCACGGCGCAGCCUAAGUAGUAUACACACACAACACGUUAGUCGCAGGACC